AGUAAAUAUGUCAGAUAUGGUUGUCAGUAAGAAAGUCUCCGCAAAAUUGGAAACUAAAUUUAAAGUGAUAUAUCAAAAAGCAUUAGCCGUGACGUAAUUAUUUCAACAAAACUUGACAAUGAAGUCAAAUACUUCUCUUGUUACUGCCAGAUCCAGAUCAAAGUCAAUAGGCUCGAGAUUACCCGAGCAGGAUGGAGGAAAUAGGAAUGCUCUUACUAUCUGUUCUGACGGUAAAGACAUAUACUCCAGCAUCCUAGGACCCACCGCUGAUGAAACACUCCUGUUGGGCCUACAAACCUUUCUAGGUUUUGGCUCAAGCGGUGAGGACGGUUCCACUCGAGCAAGGAUAGCAGGCAGUACUGUUCAAGCUUCUGAGAUAGAAGACAAGAGAAAAUACAGUAUAGCAGGUGGAACUAGCUUUGGUGGUGAGAGUAUUCUUGGUGGAGAAACUCUCCUAGGGGCCGACAGCAUUUUACAUGGUGAAAUUCUUGUGGGUGGUGAAAGUAUCGUCGGUGGUCAGGGUGUUGUGGGUGGUGAAAGUAUGGUGGGUGAUCAAAGUCUAGUGGGUGAUGUAAGUUUGGGUGGUGUAAGUUUUGGUGGCGUAACUGGCCAUGCUAGCGAGGGAGAUGCUACAAUGAGUAUGAAAAGCAGAAAAGUGUCACCUUGUAAGCUGAAAUGCCCGGAGAAGACCUAUGUUGAGCAAGGCGUACAAACUCUUCCUCCUGGAUAUGCCAUAAAGUGCAACAAGGCUGUUGCAUGUCCACCCAGGUGUCGGGUUGGAAUACAAGAAAGUGGCGAAAGCAUACUUCACCUAUCUGAUUCAAUGGUUGGUACGGAUGAAAGGUUCAACUUUGGAGGACAAACUCCAGGUCUCCGUAUAGGCUCAUCUGCAUCGCAAACUGGAGAUCUGCUAAACACCAGCAGUUCACAGACGUCAAGGGUAAACCUCAGUCAUGCUUCGUUGCAAACUCAAAGACAUAUGGACUCUGCGACAUACAUCCCCGUCCCUGUAAUGUCUAAUAAACAGCUAUCUACCUCUUCCGAGCUGCUGCCGGGUCUAGAAGACUGCAGUUGUUCAACUGAUAGCAUGCCUGCUAUACCUAUAAAAAGGAAACAAGUAAGGGCUUCCCAAAAGUCGUCAUUGUCAAGGUGUAGUUGUGGCAGAUCGUGUACUGGGCUGAAGAGACCUGCAAAGAAGAAGAAAACUGUGAAGAUGUGUUGCGAUUGCCCUUCAAGCACUACAGGAUUCUGAAAGGGUAAUUAAUCAUAACCUGUGCACACUCCUCCCCAUUUGGAAAUAAACAGAAUAAACUCACCUGAAUACAUAAAAACUAUAGGGAGCCUAAAGACCAUCUACAAAGUAGAAUCACGACUACUUAAUCCUUCAGUGCCAUUAAUGCUCCUACGCACGACAGUAUUUGUCAUUGCUUAGUGAGGGGUGUGUACGUUCAAAUAAUGAAGCAUGUUGCGUUGCUCGUCUUGUUGCAAGUAUAUUAUAAGAAAUGUUUAGCAGCAUCAAGAACUGAAAGAUCCUGUCCGUCUUACGCUUGUGUUCCGGACUCCGUUGGUGACAGCAACCCACAAGGAAUAACAAUCAAGUAUGCAAUUACAAAAAUAACCACAUUUGCAAGUUACACUACCUUCGAAGUCAUGAAAUGUACAAGAAAGAAGCCUCGAUGUAUGCCUAGCUCUAUUAUGGGAGUUUUUGUACUCAAAAACUUUGGCGACUGCAAUGGUUGAAAACGUAUGGAUGCAGUUCAACAAGUGUGCAGAAAAUGGUGCUGGUAUCAGUUUCAUGUAACUACCUAAUUAAGAUGAAACUUUUGUGAAGCGUAAUGUUAGAUACAAGAUACCAUUGCAAAAUUCCCUUUUAUUUCUCAAAUAAAACCACCAGGCUAAAUAUCAAA